AUGAGUGACCCAUCUUACUGUAGCAACUCUGAAGGAGAUCGAUAUUCACAUAUCAGUGACUCUGAGCCUGAAAUUUAUGAAAAAGAUGUAUACGAAGACGAAGAAGAUGAACAAGUUGUAUACGAAGACAAAGACGAAGAAGAUGAACAAGAUGUAUACAAAGAUGAAGAAGAUGAAGAAGUUGAAGAAGUUGAAUUCAAAGAUGAAAAACCUUAUCUUGCUUCGAAAAAUCUUGUUACUUCUCCUCCGUUACAGUCUCAGGGAAACAAAUCAUCCAAUUCUACAAAUUCGACCAAGGGAAAACCUCCUCUUACUUCUCCGCCAUUACAGUCUCAGGGAAAGAAAUCCUCCAUUUCUACCAAUUCGACAAAGGGUCAGAAGGUGGCUAUCAAAGUUAAGAAAACCUUCAGGCUACCCUUGGACCGUCCAUCUUUCGAAACAUUCAUAGAUGACAACACUACCCUUGACGACAAAGGUUAUCCAUUAUUCACAAAUGGAAACACUGUCUUUCUUCGACUAUCAGCCGAGCAAAAGUUCACCAACUGGGGGACUUUUGGAUUCACUUAUACAUCGGCUGGUGGCAAAAGCAAAGGCCCAGGUGACUGGCGAACAAGAGCAGAAUGGAUGAGCAAACCUCAGAAAUGUCCUGCUGCAAGGUGUACUGAGGAACUUCAAUAUAUUGAAUGUAAUGACACCUUAUGCCGGUUGGACGAACAUCCGGACAAGUUGUCUUUGGCCAAGUUUGCCAAACGGGUAGUUGAAAACCCUGAUGUGGGACCAUUACGACACAAGGUCGGACGAGCUCCUGCGGGCAAGAAGGAAAUUGUUACCGCUAGCAACAUCCAUGCAGGUUUUGGCAACCUACAUCGGACUGGUUACUAUCGACGUAAGCUCCUUGGGGAAGCAGGUGUUAUCCCCAAAAAGAGUGUUCCAGGAGCGGCAGACAACUUCAUUAUGGACAUGUAUCACUGGUCUGAGCGCGGUUUGAACGUUGUAUCAUGUUCUAUGAAGCGUGUGAACAUGCACAUGACCUUUCAAACGGAUUGGAUGCAUCAGCAGCUGAUGGCUCGAGACGAGGACAACAGGGUCUAUGGUGGCGGUCUCCUCUCAGACGUAACAUACAAGUUUUUCAAAAACGGUUAUCUUUUAUCAACUUCUAUGUAUCACGAGGAUCUGCGACGAUGGAUCCCAAUUCUUUUGACUUGGCUGAAAGGCAUGACGGAAAAUCACUACGCCGCACACUUCAGUACCCUGAUGAAACAAUUCAAGCAUGCCGAAAUAACCGUCAAGGAACGUGAUACGCUGGUUUGA